AUGGCCCUGGAGAUUCGGUAUAUAUGUGGCCCUCUCCAUGACACUAUUACCUGGGGAUGUGCAGUUUGCUUCCUUCCCGAGCUGAUCAAGCGCUACUACGGAUCUACCCACGUAUACUCCCGGGUAUAUCAGCCCUGUGUACGGUACAUGGAGUACAUGAAGACAAAGGAGCGCAAAGGUGGCCUGAUUGAGCAUGGACUAGGCGACUGGGGCUAUGAUAUAGCCUUUGGUAAUCAUCAAGCAAAUAUCGAGACCACGAUUUACUACCACUGUCUGCGCAACGUGGUAAUCAUGGCAAAGGAGCUCGGUUUUACCGAAGAUGCCAUCCUGUAUGAGGCCUGGGCUGCACGCAUCUAUGAUGUCUACAAUUCUCACCUACUUGUCUCCGAUAAGACCGAAUACCCCUACGCCUUCUAUACAUCCCUGGAUAAUCCUGGCACUCAUGACCGCACUAUGGUUAAUCAAGCGAUUGCGCCGCAGUUCGGCCUGAUGCCUGUCGGCGGCGCGUAUCGCACUUGGACGCUGCGCCCGCCACUUCUGAGCGAGCUCAAUUUUGUUGAAGGAGAAGUUGGCUGCCCGUAUGGCUUGAUCCGGGCGUGCUUUGAUCUUAGGCAGACGGAGGAGGGCACGGAAGUUAGGGUACCGACCAGCACUGUCUGUACAUUACAACUACCAUCCAAUCGUAGUUUGACAGCGAUCCAUAGUAGUGGAAGCCAAGAGGUAAAGAAGAUGAAUGGGCCAGAAGUGAUUCUGAUGCCUGUUGUAUAUAAUUAUGUGAUUUGGCCUUAA